AUGAGCAAGCCUAAGGUUGGAAUUAAUGGGUUUGGCAGAAUUGGUCGUCUUGUCCUCCGAUCUGCCAUAUGCAAGGGGACUGUAGAUGUCUGUGCCGUUAAUGACCCUUUUAUUGAUCUCACUUACAUGGUUUAUAUGUUCAAAUAUGAUUCUACCCACGGUCCAUUUAUCGGUGAGGUAAAAGAAAAGGAUGGGAAGCUGGUAAUCAAUGGCCAUGCUAUCUCCGUUUAUAAAGAAUUGAAUGCUGAAGCUAUCCCAUGGGACAAGGAUGGUGUUUACUAUGUUGUUGAAUCUACCGGUGUUAAUACUGACAUGGCUAAAGCUGGUGCCCAUUUAAAGAACAAUCGAGCUAAAAAAGUUGUAAUUUCAGCACCAUCUAAAGACGCUCCUACGUUUGUUGUUGGAGUUAAUCUGGACAAAUACGAUCCCUCUAUGACAAUAGUCUCGAAUGCUUCUUGUACAACAAACUGUUUAGCUCCGUUGGCUAAAGUUAUUCACGACAACUUUGGCAUUGUAGAAGGUCUGAUGACAACUGUUCACUCCUAUACAGCAACACAGAAGUUGGUGGAUGGUCCUAAUCCAAAAGGAUGGCGUGAUGGUCGUGCUGGUGCCUUAAAUAUCAUUCCAGCACAAACUGGAGCUGCUAAAGCUGUCACAAAAGUCAUUCCGGAGCUUCAGGGGAAGUUGACAGGUAUGGCAUUCCGAGUGCCUACUCCAGAUGUCUCAGUGGUUGAUCUUACUUGCAAACUUGCCAAACCUGCCACUUACGAACAGAUCAAAGAGGCGGUCAAAAAUGCUUCGCAGAGUCCAGCCUUGAAGGGAAUUCUGGAUUAUACCGAUGAAGAUGUUGUAAGUAUGGACUUCCGAACUAGCACCGCAUCAUCUACCUUCGAUGCAAAUGCGGGAAUAUCGCUGAAUGACACGUUUGUAAAGCUCAUUUCUUGGUAUGACAACGAGUAUGGUUACAGUUGUCGUGUGAUUGAUCUUAUCACUUACAUGUAUUCCAAGGAUAACUAA